GCCACGCCGCACCAACUCGGUCAUCCCGCCCUCCGCCACCCCAGUCGACGCGGCGGCGCACGCGAGACGAGGCGGCGGCGGCGGCGGACGGAGAGCUUAGCGGAGCGGAGAGAUGUGGGUCUUCUACCUGAUAUCGCUGCCCCUGACGGCCGGGCUGGUGGCCGCCACGCUGCGCUACUUCGCCGGCCCCGCCGUGCCGCUCUACGUCCUCGCCACCGUCGGAUACGCCUGGCUCUGCUCCCUCUCCUUCGUCAUCCUCGUCCCCGCAGACAUCUACACGACAAUUACCGGCGACCAGAAGGGUGACGUUGGAUUCUUUUGGAGCUGGUCUUAUUGGAGCUCAUUUAUACUAGCAUGGGUUGUCGUUCCUACCAUCCGUGGCUAUGAGGAUGCUGGAGAUUUCACUGUUAAGGAAAGGUUGAAAACCAGUAUCAGAGCCAACUUGCUCUAUUAUGAAAUUGUGGGAGCUAUCGGCUUUUUCGGAGUCAUUCUGAUUAUGAUCAUGCGUCACGAUUGGGGUGGUGCUAUUUUGGGCUUGGCCAUGGCAUGCUCAAAUACCUUUGGACUAGUGACAGGUGCCUUUCUUCUUGGUUUUGGAUUGAGCGAAAUUCCAAAGGAUAUAUGGAAAAAUGCUAACUGGAAUCGCCGCCAAAAAGUUCUCUCUCACAUAGUUGCAAAGAUGGAUGUAAAACUUGUCAAUGCUCACGAAGAAUAUUGCAACACAAUUGCUGUUGUUCAAGCCACAUCGAAACAAAUGUCCAAGCGUGACCCAGUAAGGCCUUAUAUGGAUAUUAUUGAUAAUAUGCUGGCUCAAAUGCUGAGAGAUGACCCACUGGUCAAGAUUUCUGGUGGAAAAUUAGAAGAAAAUGAUAUGGAUUAUGAUACUGACGAAAAAACAAUGGCUGAACUUCGACGUCGACUUAGGAGAGCACAUGAGGAGUACUGUAGGUGUAAAAGCAAUUAUACAACCGCUGUCAUGGAAGCCCUUGAACUGGAGGACACAGUUACAAACUACGAGCAACAUGAUGCAUAUGGAUGGAAAUAUGUAUCAGGUAUAAGGGAAAGUCGAUCAGGCACACUAGGGUCCUUCCUUGACCAUAUAGAGUUCAUUUGGCGUUGUAUGCUGAGAAAGCGACUUCUGAAAGUUCUUGCUGUACUCCUUGGCUGCAUCUCAACUGCCAUACUGUUGGCUGAGGCCACUUUACUGUCAACUGGUGUUCAUUUGUCACUUUUUUCCAUUCUUAUAAAUGCUGCAGGAAAGCAAGAAGUUCUAGUCCAGGUUGUUGCAUUUGCUCCGUUGCUGUAUAUGUGCAUUUGCACAUAUUAUCCGCUCUUUAGGAUUGGGAUGAUGGUGGUCUAUUCACUUACUCCAAGACAAACCAGUUCCGUCAGCCUGCUUAUGAUCUGCUCAAUGGUUGCAAGAUAUGCUCCAGCUAUCUCUUACAACUUUCUGAAUCUCGUUCAUCUUGGUGGGGAUGUUAGAACUACUUUUGAGAAGAGGAUGGGGAGCAUCGAUGAUGCGGUUCCUUUCUUCGGGAGGAACUUCAACAGAAUUUAUCCACUCAUUAUGGUUGUUUAUACCAUACUAGUCGCUGGUAAUUUCUUUGGAUAUCUGUUUGAAAUUUUUGGAAGCUGGAAAAGGUUUAAAUUCUGGACCGAGGAAGAAGAAGAUAUGGACGGAUUUGAUCCAUCUGGGGUGUUUAUUCUGCAGAAAGAAAGAUCUUGGAUUGAACAAGCGCGUAAACUCGGUGAGCAGGUUACUCCAUUGGCAAGAAACUUCAGUUCUGUAAGCAAAGACGUUGAAUCUGGAAACGUGCUACAGGCUGCAGAGAUUGUGGGGAUGAAAGUAACAGUGCAUCCUGCUAAAAGUGAAGGAGUAGUCGAGUCGAAAUAUGGUGUCAAUGUUGACCAUAAAUAUUCUUCCAUUAGGGAACAUCCUAGUCCCAGCAGUCAUCAGUCAGUUAAGCAAGUGCAGAAAGAAACACAUUCCACCUCUAUUUUGGUCGAAGCAGGGAACUCUAAAAAACCAUCUCCUGUUAGUGUAGAAGCAGAGCCAUCAGCUGGGGUCACAUCUAGAUGGGCCUCGAUGAAGGCGGGAUUUCAGAGUUUCAGAUCGAACGCGAGUUUCAAGAAGUUGCUUCCUUCGAGCCUAUCACGUACGAGCUCAUCUACUUCUUCAGAGUCGCUAGACGAGAUAUUCGAGGGAUUAAAACGGCACUCAAGCAAAAGCAUUCCACAGGUGGAUUACCUUGAUGAGGAUGACAACACGAUUGACACGAGUUGAACAAUUUGAUGACCGACAAGGUAGUUUGACAUAUCCAAAGUUAGAAUAUGAAAGCUCAGCUUGUGAAGAACUGGAGAGCUGUAGCUGCAGAAGAGGAGAUACAGCUUGUCCAUUCCCUCCAAAAAUGUUGCGGAAGGUAUAGAAAAGCUAGUGUGCAGAUCUUUUUUCCUUUCAACAAGGAGGAUCAGCGCCGGCCCUCUGUGACUAGUGUACAGUACAGGAUCACCAAAUAGAAAGCAAAGGCGUAGAAAGUAGUUCAGAGAUUCGCCUUAAAUGGCGAAGCAUGUAAUCAUGAACUUAAGCAGUUCUUGAUGGUCUCUGAAAAAGGAAAAGCAUUUAUGUGCACCAAAUGUUAGCUUCACUGGGCAAGAGAUCCUAGGACCAGUAUGCUCGGCGGUAGCAGUACAAUGCCAGUUUUUCUUUUUCGCGAUAAAGGGUAAUAUUUUAAUA